UCAACAGAGACUGGACUCCUGCAACCCUGCUCCCCGGGACCAGGGACCCUUCGCCAGCGCCAGCGGGAGUCACAGCCUUGUCCAGCAGUGGGAUGCUGGUCGCGCCUUCCUGCUCGGGUCAGCGAGUCCCUGGAGGGUGGGAGGGACUCUGCUGAACUCGAGCUGCCUGGCUUUGCGGCUGACAGAUUACCUAGAGGUCCCUUGUGACUCGGGUCUUGACUUAGAGAUGGAGGAAUUAGGAUCAUCUUCCUCUGUCGUCCCGGAGGAAUAGCCGCAGAGGCUGGAGAGACAGAACAACACCAAGACAGGCAUGGCAGAGCAGAGUCUCAUCUCGUCUGAGCAAUGGCUUCAGCUGCAUGGGCUUAAGAGCAAGAAGCUGACCUUGAAGCAGAUCUUGACACAGAUUGGAUUCCCACAGUGUGAAGAUUAUGUGACUUCUUUGAGGAGACUCGUGGCUUCCCGGUAUGCUGACGGCCUGUUCCCACAGUUCUACACAGCAGAGGACGGCAGACUCUACAAUCUGACAGCGAAGUCAGAGCUGAUCUACUCGUUUGUGGAUUGUUUAACACAAGCUGUGGAGAGUUAUAAGCAGCGGAUGGACUGGCUUACCAGCGGGAGCCGGCAGAUUUUUGGUGUCAUCCUGGAACAGAGCAUCACCAUAGUACUGGAUCUCAGUGACAUUCUGAUGGAGGAGCUUAAUCUGUGCCAGGAUGCUCUGGUAAUGGUCCUCCAGGAGCAGGUGGCUCUCAUCACCAAGUUCAACAUCAUAUGGGUUUCUGAAGAGCCAGUGAAAUGGCAGGAAUGUGCUAUCGUUGUGACUGAACACUCCAUAGCUGCUGCCAUCUGCUGGGUCAAGAAAAUGACUUUUGAGCUAAUGGCUGUGGGAGAGGCUAGCUGCCUGGAUGCUCUGCUGGAAGCUGGGAAAGAUGAAACUAUCGAAGCCAUUUACUACUUUGUGGUGGGGGAUGUUCCAGAGGAGUCCCAGGAGCUGCUUCUCCAGAGGGUUUUGGAAAUCCCAUAUCCAGUCUGCACAGUGUCCUUCAACGCCAAAGGAGAAGAAACCGUAGCUUUCUUAAAAAAGCUGAGCACCGAGACCGACAGCAGGUAGGCAGAAGACGCACUCGGGAGG